UUCAGUUUCUCACAAUCUAUUACAGUGUUUACGUACGGUAACAAUAAUAUUAAUUAAGGAAUAUCGCCCGAAUAUCACCAACCACGUCACCUAGAAAAGAUGGACACAAGAACGGGGGAAGGCAAUCGCGAGAGGUCCAGACGGCCUGUAAGAAAUAAGCGAUACAGCAGAUCUAAUAAGAAAAUUAUGAACAGGAGAACCUAUGGAGAAGACAAAAGGCCGCCGAAAAGACUAUUUACUCCUGAAAUCAAAAGGUUCCUAAAGGACUGGCUCGUGAGAAGAAGAGAAAAUCCAUAUCCCAAUCGGGAAGAGAAGAAAAUGCUGGCUGUGCAAACGGGCUUGACGUAUAUACAGGUGUGCAACUGGUUCGCCAACUGGCGCAGAAAGCUCAAAAACGCGGGCAAGGAACCCCAGCAGAAGACCUGGGGCGACCUCAUCAAAACCUACAACAACCAAGUGCAAGGCAACGUGGAGCACUUCAGCAUCUGCUCCGAUGACAGCAUCUGGGAGGAACCAGACACAUAUUCCAACUUCGACGACGAAAUAAACGACCGUAUUUCCAUUGACAAAAAAAAAUCGACCAGCGCGUCGGCAGACCACAGCUACACGUACCCCGACAAAAAGUGCUUCAACAACAACAACUCGGACGUCCAGAAUCAGUGCUACUACGUCAGUUCCACCACGGAGACGGACCCCGAAGCGAAUCCGUUCGCACAAACGGCCAAUAAAUACAAGAACCACAUCAUGGAGAAGUACCUGAGAGACUGCCAGAAGCCCGAGUACCGCGUGGACGAAACAGGCGAUGCCAACAAGCCUUCCAUGAUCUCGAAGUGGUUGGAAAGCGCGGCUAAUUUCAAACCUAGUGAGAACAACUAUAUAGAUUGGACGUUUUCGAGGUCGAGCAAGAAGAAGUGCAAGAAGACUGUGGAUACAGCUAACAGCAUGCUUCUGAUUCAUGGCAGGGAAGAACUUGACGCAGCCGAGGCGCUUACCACUCUCGCGAAUUCUAGGAAUUACAAACAAUUAUAAAGCAUAUGCAACGCACAGGGUAUCUUAGGGAAAUGACGACGAACAUUCUUAGAACUUUUAGGAAUAAAACGCAGAUGAAGGAGAAGCUUUCUGUGAAUCUAUUCUACCAGUUUCACAAUGAAACAUUUUUUAAAACAAUGUUUAGCUCUGUGUAUAUAAAUUUAGGCAAUCAGGUACCUACUUAUUUAUUAUAUCAAUAUGUCUUCAUUACUUUUUUUUAGUUCCAAUAACAUGUAUCUGCAGGUUAGUAAGCAAUAUGCAAAAUUUUCAAAAACAUAUUUUUUAUAGCAUAAAUUCUGUCAAGAAUAAAUAGUGAGAUAAUCAGUUAUAUCACGUUAGCUGUGACGGAUGCUACGAUUUAGCAGACGAUUAUUAUAGUGUUAAAGACGUGAAAUUAAAAAUUAUACACUAUUCUGCAUCACUUCACUUACCUUUUGUGU